AUGGGUAAUUGUAAUAUCUAUGGUAAAGAAGUAGAAGAUGAUGAUUAAAGUAUUGUUUAGUAACAUAAUUUAGAUCAAUCAUCCUAAAAUUUUGAAUUUAUCGAACUUUUGGGUUAAGGAACCUUCGGAAAAGUUUGGAAAGUGUAAAGAAAGAAAAGCAAAGAAUACUUUGCAAUGAAAGUCAUGGAUAAAGAAUUGUAAAUAUUGUCAAUAAACUUUAGAAUUAUAAGAAGAUAAUAUGCUACUGUUGUUAUGUAGGAACAAAACAUACUCACUUCUAUUAGACAUCCAUUUUUAGUUAAUCUCAUUGCAUCUUUCUAAGACAAAAAAAGAUUAUAUUUAGCACUUGAUUUAUUGACAGGAGGAGACUUAAGAUAACAUUUAAACCAUAAUAAAUUGUUUUCAGAAGAACAAACAAGUAAUAUUUAAAUACUAUAAAAGAAUUCUUUAUUGCUUGUAUUAUAGUAGCCUUAGAAUAUCUACAUGAACAAGGCAUCAUUCAUAGAGACCUUAAACCUGAAAAUUUGGUUAUGGAUUAAAGAGGAUAUUUGAGAUUAACAGAUUUUGGAUUGGCCUCAAUUUGGAAACCUAAUAAUUCUUAAGACAUUAAUGGAACACUAGGUUAUGUAGCACCAGAAAUUAUGUGCAAAUAAAACCAUGGAAUAGCAGUUGAUUACUUUGCUUUAGGAGUCAUAGCUUAUGAAUGUAUGUUUGGUAAAAGACCAUAUACAGGAUCAAAUGCUAAUCAAAUUAGAGAUCAAAUGCUUUCAAAAUAAGUUCAAAUUAAAUAAUCUCAAUUGCCAAUAGGUUGGACUUUAGAGGCUGGAGACUUUAUUAAUUAAGUAUCAUAAAAAAUUUAAAUUUAGCUAAUAUAAAGAAAGCCAGAAAAUAGAUUAGGUGUAAAUUCACCAGAAGAUGUUAAGAAUCAUAGAUGGUUUAAAAAUUUUGAUUGGAAGAAAUUACAAUCUAAAAUUAUGCUUCCACCUUAUAAACCUAAAACUAAAUUUAAUUGUAUUGAAAAUAGUUAAUAAUGCUAUGCAAAUAAAAAAUAAAUAACUAAAAUUAUAUUAAAUGAUUAGCAAUAAUGUAUUAGUAAAUUUAAACCUUUAGCUUAAUUCGAAGGAUAUUGUUUUGAGGCAGAAUUAAUAAAGAACAAAGUUUGA